GUCCAAAUAUGCCUGGAAAACAAGGAAAAAUAAAAAAUCCUCCUCAAGACCAAUUUGAUUUGAGUGUCGCUUUAUGAUCAUUGAUAUUUUUAUUCGCGCAAAAAGGAGAAAGAAUGACAAGUCGUCACUACAGCUCACGAACGAUAUGUUAGCUUCAUACCAACAGUACAAUUGUUAAAUUUCCAAAAGCCACAGACGAUCAUUAUAGAUCAUUCCCCCCCCCCCAAUUGCUCCGUGAGCGGGACAAAAACAACACAAACAACAUAGUUUUUUGGGGUUGGGAACGUCCCGGUGUUGGCAUUCAUCCGAAACACGUAUAAAAAAGGACGUACGUAUCUCAUUUUUCCUUCCUUCCCGACAUGUCUGACACAAGUUACUCUGACAACGAUUUUCACGAUGCCAUUGAAAGGCUGUCCACUAACAAAAUCGCAAAGAACAAAAGAAGUAGGUUUCUUUUUUUCCUUUUUUUCGAACAGAUGGAUCGCCAUGCUAAUCACAAUGAUCGUAGUCACCUCCUGCUUUUCUGAAGAUGAUCUACCUACACCCCGACAACAAUUUACAGGAAUCGAGCAAGUUCGAAACAAGGUAGGACACCAAUCCAGAGCAAGCAGUAUAAGUUUUGAGGAGUACGGUAAUAUACCACGAAAAAGCAGUCGUCUACAUACCAGAGUACAAAGCUGGUCAGACUCUCCCACAAUUCAGCCAGGAAGGAAAAGUCAAGAAUCUAGUAAAGCCCUCAUGGUAGGUGUUCAUCAAAAUCAUCCGAUACAUCACCAAGAACCUCCACAUGGAAAGCCGUAUGUUAAAAUCAAGACGAAAAUAAAAACAAACAAAAAGUUUAAUCAUAUCAUACUUGCUCAAACAUUAGCAAUUGAUGCAUCGGAGGCAUAUGCCACUUCAGGUGUGGAUAAAGUAGAUGACGAAAAGUUGGAUAAGUCAAAGGAGCCAAUGGGUGCCAUAUGGGCAAGUAGAUUCAGUAAAGAUGGAAAAUUUAUGGCGAUAGGUGGUCAAUCGUGUGCUCUCUCUGUUUGGAAAGUACUUCGCGAUAUCGAUCGAGAUGAUGGUCUAAGUGUACAAGAUAUCAAUCCCCAUGAGCCAUCCGUUAAAGUCUUUCAUGAUGCUCCCGUGAGAGUGUACAAAGGACAUACAGCAGAUAUUCUAGACAUCAGUUGGUCAAAGAACAAUUUUAUUAUUUCAAGCUCAUUAGACAAGACAGUAAGACUGUGGCAUGUAUCACAAAAGGUAUGUCUUGGUGUGUUUAAACAUUUGGAUGUUGUUAGUAGUGUCAAAUUCCAUCCUAAGGAUGACCGAUUUUUUCUUUCUGGGUCAUUAGAUUGUAAAGUACGGUUAUGGAGUAUUCCUGAGAAAAGAGUGGCAUUCUGGAACGAAAUCCCUAAUAACAUGAUAACAGCAGUCGGAUUUACACUAGAUGGACGAACCGCUUGUGUAGGAGCAAACACAGGUGACGUUUUCUUUUUCGAAACACAAGGACUAAAGUAUAAUACCCAGAUUCUUGUUAAAAACGCUCACAACAAGAAAGGAAAAAAAGUAACUGGUAUUGAACCUAUGCCGGGUAUGCCACUAGGUGAAGAAAGAAUUUUGGUGACUACCAAUGAUUCGAGAAUAUGGAUUAUCAACAUGAAAGAUAAAAGUCUGGUUAUUAAAUACAAGGGGAUCGAAAAUUCAACGAUGCAAAUAAAAGCUUCAUUUAGUGAUGAUGGUCGAUAUGUCAUUUCGGGAUCAGAAGAUGGUUGUGUGUAUUUGUGGUGUACAGAUCAAGUGAGAUACUCUCCAUUCCAACAUUUACAAGACAGCCGGAUUAAAGCUGCAGUUGCUUUAGGUCAUCUAGGAGACCAAAUGUUUCAGUCUGUUAUGCAAAAUAAUACCAUUUUCUCGGAGGAGCCAUUAGGCACUAUGACGGGUUGGUUAAAGAAGGGCGAAAGACUCGUUAUUGAUAAGUUGAGAAGUAGAGACGAGCACUUUGUAGCUCAUCAACAUAUUGUAACUACAGCUAUCUUUGCACCCACCAAAACAAGACAACAAUUAGCAAAAGCCCGCGGUGACACCAUCUUUGAGCAUACUCCUGUAUAUACCCACCGAGACUCAGAUAUUUUUUUGGAUAGUAGUAGUUAUUAUGAUGAUGCCAUGUCGCAACGAAGAACAAGCAUGGCUUCUUCUCAAAGUAAGCGUAGUAGUCAAAUUUUUAAUAAUAUGGACGAGCUGCAGCAAUCGUUAAUGAAUGAGUUUGAGGAAGCAACACCCGAAGAAAGAGACUUUUUCGAUUAUCCAGACAGUCAGAUUAUUGUUUCUGCUGAUCUGCAUGGUGCGAUUAAAGUAUGGCGAAUGGAUUCCGGUGUUUAUGAAAAUAAGGAAGAAGAGGAUAGUGAUCAAACAAAAUAUAACAAUAAUGGUGAAUCGAAUGCAUUUAACCAAAAACCACCAAGACUACAAAGUUCGCAGUCCUUUCCAGAUCUAGUGUCAUUAAGUCAAACAUCUACUGCAACGUCGCAGAAAAAAGGAGCCUUUUCAAAGUUAUUCUCAAAAUUUAAAUAGAAUUACGCAUAUCACAUCUUUUCAUACGCAUACUGCUUUCCAUUACGUAUGUUUCCUUUAUAAAAAAACCAUCAAUUGGGGAUUAUC